CAGUAAAUCACGCGAUAUGAUCACACCAUAAACUAACGUAUGAAAUGCUCAAUUGUUCUUUAAAAAUGUAUGUUGAGAUUAUUGAGACAAUUGUGUAUUGAAUAUUUUUGUUUGCUGAAAAACUGCAUUUCUGUGGCAAUGGUUUCAACGUUCACAAAAGGACAAGAUAGUGUAUGAUACUUGAUACCAAUUUCAAGUGGAAUUGAACCAAAGGUAAUAGCAUUGAAUGCUGUUCAGCAGCUAGUGGUGGUUUAUAGUUCAUCGGAUAUUGUAACGAAUUUAUCGCCGGUUCUUUCCAUCUGCGGUCGGUUUUUUCUCUUUUCGAUCGACGUUACGUGUCCGGAAUAUCGUCUGCAAAGAUCUUUAAUCGUACCUAUUAUCUUUAGGCUGACAUCGAAUAUCGAAUAGCUCGGACGACGUUGACGUUUUCGUUGGUUACAUUUUAACGCGUUUACAUGAAUGAACCGCGCGUUCCGUGAUCUCGUAUAUAAAAAUUUUCCAUACGUAUAAUUUAUUAUAAAUCCAUCGGAAACUAGUUUACCAUUCGAAAUGAUGGAAGAGAAUAGAACAUUCGCAUACAGGAAUGGAAUUCAACAUAAUUCUGUCGCUAAAAAAGCGGGCGGACCCGAUAUCGUGAUUCCUGCGAGUUCUUCGAUAUGUACGAGUAUCAACGGCGCUGUCAGGAUAAAUAAAUCCGAUGAUUUCGCCAAACCUUAUAUUUCGGUUGCAACCUCCCUAAAACAAAGCGCCGAUAAAUACCAGGAUCAUCCGGCCUUGAGUUAUAAAAUUGAGGAUAAAUGGACGAAUAUCAGUUACCAGCAAUUCUACAAAUCCGUACAGACGGUGGCCAAAGCGUUCUUAAAAUUAGGCUUAGAGAAAUACCAUUCUGUUUGCAUUCUCGGUAUCAAUUCGCCAGAAUGGUUAUUAUCUUCGUUCGGUGCCAUGAUGGCUGGCGGUAUUCAAGCCGGUAUCUAUACGACGAACUCGGCGGAAGCAUGUUUACAUUGUUUGAAGAAAAGUUACGCCAAUAUCGUCGUCGUCCAAAACACCCAGCAGUUGGAAAAAAUCCUACAAGUACGAGAUCAAGCUCCUCUUUUAAAAGCCAUCAUUCAAAUUGAAGGAACCCCCAGUUACCCCGAUGUGCUCUCGUGGAAACAACUGGUAGAAAUCGGUGAGAAAGAAUCGAACGAACAACUAGAAAAAGCUUUACAGAAUACCGCCGUGAACGAAUGCUGCGCUAUUUUAUUCACCUCUGGAACUACUGGUCUGGCAAAAGGCGUCAUGUUAAGUCAUGAUAACAUUGUAUUCACUGCCAAAGCUAUACACGGAUUGGUGAAUUUUAAAGAAAAAUGCGAAAGGGUGCUCACCUACUUACCGUUAAGCCAUAUCGCCGAACAGAUCAUUUUAUGUUUAACGUUACAAAUUGGCGGCACUAUUUAUUUCGCGGAUGCUAAUGUAUUAAAGGGAACGUUGAUCGAUAAUUUGAAAGCUGUCAAACCGACCAUAUUUUUCGGCGUGCCUAGAAUUUGGGAAAAGAUUAAAGAAGGAAUCGAAGCUAAAGUGAAAAGUGCACCGGUUAUCAAGAAAUGGUUACUGUAUGGAACAUCGUCUGUUAUGAUUCAUAAAUACAAACAUUUAUCGAACGGAUACUCGAUGCCUUUAAUGAACAAAAUACCAGCUGUGUUUCAAUAUCUAGUCUGUAAUAAAAUUAAAGAUGGUUUAGGUCUUUCCGAAUGUAGAUAUUUUUUCAGCGGUGCUGCUCCUAUUAUGUUAGACACUAAAGAAUUUUUCGCCGGAAUUGAUAUACCAAUUUGCGAAGCUUACGGUAUGACCGAAAGUUGUGGCCCGAUCACGAUCGCUUCGCCAAUCUGUUGCAUGAUGAAAUGCGCCGGUAAACAGUUACCUCAUAUCGAACUCAAUAUUAAGAAAACAACUUACGACGAAGAAGGCGAAAUUUGUUCAUACGGACGCCAUGUUUUUAUGGGCUACGUCGACGAUUUAGAUAAAACCAAAGAAUCAAUUGAUGACGACGGAAGAUUGCAUACUGGAGAUUUGGGUAAAAUAGAUCCUCAUUUCGGUCUACUCAUCACAGGAAGGUUAAAAGAUAUCAUCAUCACCGCCGGUGGAGAAAAUAUUCCUACUGGUUUAAUCGAAGAAACCAUUAAAUCCGAAUUACCUAUUAUCAGUAACGUUGUUCUUAUCGGCGACGCAAGAAAAUACUUGACCGUAUUAAUCACGUUAAAAAGUCUCAUAGAUAAAAAUAACGGAGCACCUUUAGACGAAUUGGAUAAUGUAACCAAACAAUGGUGUAAACAAGUAGGAGCUACUAAUAUCGAAACGGUAUCCGACGUCAUUCAAAAGAAACCCAAAGAGGUAUACCACGCCAUCGAAGCAGGUAUCACGAUCGCGAACAAGAAAGCCACUUCGAACGCUCAAAAAGUACAAAAAUUCAGAAUCUUACCGAAGGACUUUUCUAUCCCCUCCGGAGAAAUGGGCCCAACCAUGAAAGUCAAAAGGCAAGUAGUACUCGAUAGAUACAAAGAUGUAAUCGAGGAGAUGUACCAAGAAUAAAGCAAAUUGACGUCGUACUUUUCCUGUUUAUUGUUUUAAUUAUUUAAUUUUACUUAAAAAAAACUGUGAUAAUUAGAGUUUUUUGUUUGAAUAAUUUUCUCUGUUUCUCUUCGAUAUUUUGUAAAAAAACCAAAAAAGUGAAGCUCGUUUAAAGUGUAGCUAGCAACACCGUAGUGUACGUUUUUUGAGCCAACGUCUAACGUUUUAAAUGUUAUUUUUAAAUAAUUUUUUUUCUUUGUUUUGUUUCUUGUUAUUCGAUGAAUUUAUGAAUUUAGUUGAAAUUAUACCGAGAUUAUUUUUUUAAUUUUAAGCCGAUAGAUAAUGAUUUCGAAUUAUUUCUUCUCCAGUUUUCCUCCGGUAGAUAUUUUGAUUCUCGUUAUUUUUUAAGUGAAUUUUGUAAAUUAUGUUAUUUAUUUUAUUAUUACCUUUUUUUUUUUUUUUUUUUUCGUUGUUGUAGCCAUUUAAGCGUACAUUUUCGUAAAUUAAAUAAAAUGUCUCAGUCUCAUAGCA